ACCAUCGCAACUCUCAACUAACUAAACGCACCAACUAGUUUGCUUUGCCUGUCAAUUCCCUCCCUCCCGCCUGCCCGCGCCUCUUACUCACUCUGCCUCUCUUUUUCCCUCCUGCACACACUAUGCUUGCCAGCGUACCCGAGACGAUACGACUUCAUCAUUCGAUUCAUGGAUAGAGGCAAUUACUCUCUUGAUCUUCCCUCACUUCCUCCCUCGCUCUCUGUCACUUGGCAUGAACUUCCGGUCCCCUCCGAAUCUCAGCAUCUCACUGAUAGGAGGCAGGCACAGAGCAUGCCGAGAUGAAUUAAAAGCCGGAAUCUGCUUUGCCAGAGGUAAGAAGCAUUGGAUCAAUCGGAAGAAGUAUGAGAGAGAGAGAGAGAGAGAGAGAGAGAUUGUGGGUGGAUCUUAGUUGGUGUUGCUUUUGUCAUACUGGGAUUGCCAGAGCACUGUUUGUUUGGUAGCUGCUGCGGUGGAUUUCUGCACGAAUAAUCGACGUUUGUUUGGCUUCGAAGUAGGAGGAGCACGUGAUCAUUACGGCGGUGAUCAUUUCCACUACAGUCUUGGAUUGUUAGCAUUUGGGACAUGUUCUCGGUCACAUGUUGCGUAUGGUUGUCAUCAUUGGCGUCAGGCUUCAUGAGGGGCGAGUGAUUUUGUUCGUGUGUGGGGAAGAGAAGGGGAUUGGAUUCUAAAGUUGGAUCGGAGCGUUACAGAGGGGGGAGUGAGGGUGAGCUUAGGUGUUGUGCGAGUUGGACUGAGUCACUUGAUUGCUUGCCAAGCUUCUUUAGUGGUAAUUAUUCCGGAUGGCAUAGAGGGAACUCUUGUGCUUUUAGCGUGUGGUGAAUUAUGAGCUGUGAAUUGAGCUGGCUGUGUUGAGGGGAGUGAGUUCCGUUUGUAAAGACGAAGUUAUUGUGUUUGCAGCGUUGAGUUGGAGUGGCAGUGUUAGGAUUCGUGCUGCAGUCGCCAGGUUUAUGCGUUGCGGAGGUUGUAUUGGCUGCUAUGAGAGCGUUCUUAGGUUUCUAGUUUGUAGCUUUCUGGCGCAGGAAUGGUGUUGGUGAAUGUAGAGACAGAGAGGUCUUACUAGAAUCCAGAUUGUGAAUUCUAGAUGAAUGCUGCAUCAUCACAGCGUAGGAAGAGAAUCUGUAUUCCUUUAAAUUGUGACUUGCACAGGUGUAGUGCGCCGAGGCGAGGUGUGAUCGAUUUGUUGAGGCAGGAUCAUGCUGCGGAGAGCGAGGAAGAAAUCUCGUGGCGGCUGAGACCUCCCAAUCGAUUUACGUGGGUGAUGAAUAUGACGGAUUGAGAGUUGGUCGGUGGAGUAGGAGAAAUAGAGCUCCAGGCCUUGAUGAGUUGGUGUAGGGCCUAGUGUCGAUCCGGCCACAAGCUCAUGCAGUUUAGAAUUCAGUGGCGCGGAGAUUGCAAUGAUCUUUUUGCGUAAGGUGCUCACAACUUGUACACCUUUGCACACCAACGUGCGAAGCUCAUCAGAGGGCGUCAGGGCAGGAUGCAUUGGGCUUGACGAUAAAGGGCUGGCAAACAAGAGCCGUGCACACCCUCAAAGUCAUAGUUAACUGUCAAAAUAUCGUUCCUCAGCACUAUUGAAUGUUUUCUAUCCUGAAGGUGGAACAGGUAGGGGUUAACGUUAUUCAGAAUCAGAAGGCAAAGUGAGCUAGAAUGGAUAAAGAAUUAGAGAAACGGCGGUCCUGGCCAUGGAAGAAGAAGAAUGGACUUUCGGAGGGAGGAUCGUCUCCUACUCCGGUGAAGCUUUUCGAUGAACAGGAAGUUGCCAGAAUACUCGAGGACCAAGUCCGAAUCCAGCAAGAGCAAAUGGGAUGCACCCUUCGUGAAGCUAAUGAGAAGUAUUGCGAUAAAGAGAAGUCGUUCAACGAGAAACUGGACGCCGUGAACAAGAAACUCACGGCUGCCCUUGCAGAGAUUACUGUCAAAGAUGAACUUGUCAAGCAACACAUUAAAGUAGCCGAAGAGGCUGUAAUCGGCUGGGAGAGAGCCGAGAAUGAGGCAGUGGCAUUUAAACAGGAGCUUGAUGUUGCCACGCAACAAAAGCUGGCCACGGAGGACCGCGUACAACACUUGGAUGGGGCUCUUAAGGAGGUCAUGAAGCAGCUUCGCAGUGGACGCGAAGAGCAAGAACAGCGUAUCCACGAAACCAUCGUUAAGAAGACACAAGAGAACGAUAAACUCCGAGCAGAGAUGGAGGCCAAAUUGGCUGAAGCAUCUCAUGUCGUUGCUCAAACGCGAGCUGAGCUGCUCGAAUCUCGAGCUGAAAAUAAAGCUCUCUCGCUUGCCUUGCAGAAUCGGUCGAAUGCUGUAGCAGAAGCUUCUAAUUUUAGGGCACGUGCAGAGAACAACGUCAAAGUACUUCAGGUGCGGCUGGAGGGAAUGGAAAAAGAAAAUUUGACCCUUAAGCACGAUAUUCAACUCGUAAAGAAAGAACUUGAGGCCCGACAAUCGGAACUUGAGCAGGGGAGGAAAGCGACAGAGGUAUUGUCUAAACAACACGCAGAAGCUUUGAAGAAGAUCACCAAGCUUGACGAAGAGUGUACUCGGCUUCGUACCUUGAACCGCAAAAAGCCUCCAAGUAACUCAGCAGUGGCGCGGGUGAGGCAAGAUGUGCAUUCGCCAGGAAGAGACGCCGGGAGAAGCCCUCGCAGACGACCUUUGGGAAGAGGUCAAACCGGAGCCGACCACGUAUCUGCACAAGAGGAACAUUUGCUAAUGGAGGUUAAUAUUUCAGCCGAGAAGAUUGUAAAUCUGGAAGAGGAGACCCGUGUGCUCAAGGAAUCUCUAGCUAAGCGAGACGAAGAGUUACAAGGCGCUCGGAUCAUGUGUGCGAAAACUGCCAGCCGGCUAUCAGCUGUGGAGGAGGAAGUCGAGGCUUUGAGAUUAGAAGUGGAGAAAGUAUCGUUAUCUGAGAAAUGGACAUCAGGCCCAUCAAUAAUCAGUGAGUCGUCCAUGAAAGCGCGAAGUUCCAAACGAGACUCCCUGAACUUCGACCUUAUGGACGAUUUCGAAGAAAUGGAACGGUUGGCGAAUUCACAGUCUCGAUGUCAUUCAGUGUCAGGCUCGGAGCAAACAGUAGAGGCUGCUGUUGACUUCAGCGCUGCGGACGAUCCUAACAUUACGCUUCGAAUUGCUGGCCUUGAAGAGCCACUGGCAAUUAAGGACAAGGACCUAGAGGCUGCAAACCAAAUGUGUCACGAGCUCAGAACAAAGCUUGCUGCGGUCGAAGAACAGCUCGAAAUCUUGCAAACUAGGGAUGCUACUCACAAGCAGCUGGUCGUGGAUUUGCAAGUCCAAUUGGACUCUUUACUGGAGAAUCAAGAGCAGAAAAGAGAGAGUGCUGUAGGUGACGGCGAGCUAGCUGUGGCUAUUCAGAAAUUGGUGCACAUUACUGAAGCCCUUGCUCUAGAGGGCGGAACGGAAUCUGCCUCCACUAAAGCAGAGCAUCACGACACUAGCAAUUCCAUUGAGUUGUCCUUGCAUUGGAAAGGUUCGACAUUGAAGAAUUCCAUGAGCAGCCUGAUAGAAGCUGCCACUGGGUUUCUUGAGAAUGGAUCAGAUGUUCUGAAGUUUGUGGUGGAGCUCACGACCACCCUGGACUGCAUCCUGAUUGUGCACAUUACUGCAUUUGAGGAGUUGCGGAAAGAUCGUGACCAAUCAGCUAGGGAGCGACUGGUCAUAUCUAUGGAAUUAGAAUCUGCUCGGGUUCACAUAUCUCAGCUGGAAGAGGAGCUGUGCAGAAUUCGAGCAGAUGGUGCAGAUGUGGAAAGGAAGAUGCAGAAGGAAAUGGAUCGGUUUCCUCCAGUCGAAUCUGAAAUCAUUCAACUGAGGGUAGAUAAAACUGAACUUGAGAAAAAAUUGUUAGAAGUAGAUCAACAUUUAGUCGAAGCCAACGAGCGAGUGGAAGAACUGAGGGUACGGCUGAGUGAAACCGAGUCUCUUGUUACAGAAUUACAAACACGGCAGGCUGCAAAUGAAACUGAGAAGGAAGAGGAUUUGAUAGAACAAGAAUUGCUGGAGCUUUCGUUCCCAACUCUAGGCCUAGCGUCCAGCAUGCGAGCUGCUGAUGCUGAAAUGCAUCAACUGCAUGACAAAGUGGCGGCUUUGGAAGUUGAGCUUCAUGGUGAGCGGCGUCGGCACCAGGAGGUUGUUGCAAAGCUCGAAGAUCUGCAGGAACAAAUAGAUAGGGGAGUUGGACGAAUGGACAAUUCACCGGAACGGUCAAAUUUCAAGGAAGGCGAGCAGUUGCAACUGACAUUAGUGCAGGACGACGCCACCAAAAGUGCACGGAAGGAGAAAGAGAUAGCAGCAGCUGCUUUAGCGGAGUGUCAACGCACCAUCUUAGCUCUUGGAAAACAGUUGAAGGUACUAGGGUUGCAGGAGCCGACUGAGAUAUCUUUGGGUACUCCUGCCUCCCCGGAUUCUAUUGAAAAAAUGACGCAAACAAUGGAGUUUCUCCGCUCGCAAGCAGACUCUUCGAGUGAUGCAACUGCUCCGUCAGCAGCAUCUCCACGGACAAGUCUCACCUGGAGUUCUAGAUCAUCACCACGUCCUUCCUUCCCAGGACUCCAUUACCGGUCAAACAACAACGGUUCAGGGUCAUACAAGAAUGGCAACACCAUUACAGAUGGGCCAUUGAUGAACUUAAGCAUUGAACUGCCAGUUGACCCCUCUGUUCCAGAAACAGUACCAUCUCCCACAUUUUCAACACCAACACGUGUGCUGCGAAGUGUUCGAACCAUUCGUGGGUCGCCCUCCACCGUGAAAGCAUCAGCAAAUGACAACUCCACGCCAACGCUGAAUGUUGAGAGGACGAACGUGGAGUCCAGAAGUUUACCCACGUCGACUUUCAGGCGGUUCUACUCCAGGUCUCAGAGUGAGACAAGUAUGUCUUCCGAUCAUUCCAGUUCAGAGCCAGUGCAAUAAUAUUCCUAUGCAAAUCACUUAAGGGCUGGGCAAUAACGUCUAUAUACAGGAAUUACAUAUUUUAUUCAUACGUAAUGACUUCGAACACUAAUUAUUUCGAUGGGGAAGACGACUGCUGCCAAUUCGCGGCGCUACCUUAAUUGUGAACCCAUCAGAGUUGCUACGCUCACACUAGUUGUAAACCUUCCCUACCUCAAUCAUCCUAUGUGUAUAAUUCCAGUUCGUAGUGUAUAGGAGCCAUUUUCCGCAAACAGUUUACAUUACAGCUGACAGAGCCUGCAACCAAUUUAGGUGUCAAGAGUCUUCAUGUGGCUACUACUAAUGAAACGAUAAUCUGCCUAGUUUGUCUUGGUAAGUAUCGACCCAUGGUCCGAGUUGACGCCUAAAAUGGAAUGCCUCAGUCAAGCGAAAAAACUAGGAUCGUCGUCAGGGAGACAUUCUAAUCAUUUGAAACCCAAAUACCAAACGGCGGCAGGCCAUCAUACUGACGCAUUAGUGACCUUGCAAACAAGAGCCGCUUUUCUUUGUGCAA